AUGGAGGAGAUCGGAAGGUGGCCAUCGCGCGUUGGAGGCAGACCAUUCUCCGACUCCAAAGGGCAGGUUGAAAGAAGUACAUUGCUAAAAGAGGUGUCUCAAAUCCUGCGCAGCACAGGGCUUUCACAGGAUGAGGUGGGGACGAUUUUGGCUGAGUUGCCAGGGCCCCUGGCCAUAGCCAACGCCCAGAGCUACUCCAUCCUCCUUAACUUGUUCAGGAAGAGGCGGUGGAACCAGGUUAUCUACCUGUGGCAGUGCAUGCAGCACAAUGGGAUCAAAACCAACAGCCAGACGUCUGGACUUGCUGCAGAGUCCUUUCUACGAAGCCGCUCCUGGCAUGCCUCGCUGGUGGUCAUCAACAACAUGCGCGACAAGAGGUUGCCUUUGAAGAAGGAAGCUAUGGGGGCGCUGCUCUCGAUCAAUGCCCGACGCCGCUUGUGGCAGGAAGCAUUGGAUCAGUUCAUCAAGGACGGACCCCAUCAUCGCUCUCAAAAGAACCGACUCUUCCAAGCUCUGGCGGAUGUCGGGCAAGUUUCGGGAAUGCGCCGGCUCAAGAGCUUCCUCUCAGAAUUGCACAGGAGAUGA